GCCUUAUAAAUCUAAAUCCUCUCUCUCAUUCUUGGUGUCUAUUUUUUUGAAAACUAACCUAUAAUGGGAGUUUCUUCACAUCCUUUUUCUUCUCUUGUUUCCCUCUCUUUGAAUGAUCUUGAAGUACUCAAUGAUCCAUCAUAUUUGUGGAGCAAGGUGAGUGUCAAGGGUAGGAGGCCAAGAACAAGAAGGGUAUUGAUGAAGAGGAUUGGUGGUUCUAGAAGAUCAAGAGGAAGAGGAGCCAAAUCCAAUAAUGGGAUUCAGAGCAGGGUGAGAACAUUGAAGAAUCUUAUACCAAACAGUGACAAUAACAUGGGUUUGGAUGGACUCUUUAGAGAGACAGCAAAUUAUAUAUUGUCUUUGCAAAAUAGAGUGAGAGUCAUGCAGGUCAUGGUUAAGGUUUUAACAGGUUCUGGUGGUGAUGAUGAGUGAUGAAUUGAUUUUUGUUCUUCAGAUUGUAAAGACUAAUUAAAUAAUUAUGGUUCAUAGUUAUAGAAAUUCUAUGUUUAUUUUUCAUGUCAUUCUUUGAGUUUUUUAGAUCAGUUUUCAUGAUCAUUUUAAUGUCUCUAAAGGUGAUGAACCAGUAUUACUGGUUUUGUUACAAUU